GCCGGGACUGAGCGCGCCGCGGCGCCGAGACGCGGCCCCGAGGAGAGGGCGCGGGAGCGGGAGCGGGAGCGGUGCCGCCCGCGGCGCAUGAUGUGGGUGCCGCUGCUGGCGUGCCUCACCGCGGGGAUCGUCUCCGUGCCCAAGUGCCAGCGCGGCCCCGGACCCCUCCUGGGGGCGGUCCGGCUGCUGGCGGCCGUGCCGGGACUCUGCCAGCGCCCGGAAAACAGAUGUGCCACUUCAAAUGCAGUAACAUGCACGAAGUGUCUUGCUUUGGGUCCAGAGUGUGGAUGGUGUGCUCAAGAGGAUUUCAUGGCUGACGCAACACAGAAGGGACGCUGUGACACUGUUUUCAACUUAAUGAAGAGAGGCUGCCAAUCAGAUUUUGUAGAAAAUCCCACAGUUCGUGUCACAAUACCCAGUGACCAUGAAACAAAUACACAAGUGACACCAGGAAAAGUUUCAGUCCAACUGCGUCCAGGAAGUGAAGCAAACUUUAUCUUAAGAGUUCGUCCUCUAGAGAAAUACCCUGUGGAUCUUUAUUAUUUAGUUGAUGUCUCAGCCUCUAUGCACAACAAUAUAGAAAAACUAAAUUCCGUUGGAUUUGCUUUAUCUAAAAAGAUGGCGAAUAUUUCUCUUGAUUUUCGACUUGGAUUUGGAUCCUAUGUGGAUAAAACUGUGUCACCCUAUAUUAGCAUUCAUCCAGGUAGAAUCCAUAACCAAUGCAGUGAUUAUAAUUUAGAUUGUAUGCCUCCUCACGGUUAUAUUCACGUGCUAUCCUUGACCGACAAUAUAGCAGAAUUCAGAAAUGCAGUGAAUAAACAAAAAAUUUCUGGGAAUAUUGAUACACCCGAAGGGGGUUUUGAUGCGAUGCUCCAAGCAGCUGUAUGCCAGAGCCAUAUUGGAUGGCGUAAAGAAGCAAAGCGACUGCUUCUUGUGAUGACAGAUCAAACUUCCCAUCUAGCCCUUGAUAGUAAAUUAGCAGGGAUCGUAAUUCCCCAUGAUGGAAACUGUCAUUUGAAAGAUAAUGUGUACAUCAAAGCUACGAGUAUGGAGCAUCCAUCUCUUGGCCAGCUCUCUGAAAAAUUGAUUGACAAUAACAUCAAUGUUAUUUUUGCAGUUCAAGGAAGCCAGUUUCAUUGGUAUAAAGAUCUGUUACCUCUGUUGCCUGGUACUGUUGCAAGACAGAUAGAAUCACAAGCAGCAAAUCUCAACGAUUUGGUGGUAGAAGCCUAUCAGAAACUAAUCUCUGAAGUGAAAAUUCAAGUGGAUAACCAGAUCCAAGGUCUCCAUUUCAAUAUCACUGCAAUCUGUCCUGAUGGAAGUAAAAAAACUGGCAUGGAAGGAUGUAAAAAUGUGGGAUAUAAUGAAGAAGUACUUUUCAAUGUAUCAGUUACCAUGAAAGGAUGUGAUACAACUGGAGGAAGAAAAUAUGCAAUACUUAAGCCUAUUGGUUUCAAUGAAACCGCCAUCGUUAAUGUGCAGAAAAGCUGUGCCUGUCAGUAUGGAGACAGUGCAAGGCACAAAAGAGUAUGGGCUGAUGAAACUUUGUCUGAUGGCAAACAGUCCCAUUGCAGUGACAAUAAUUGUAGCUCUAAUAGAGAUAUGCUUCCUUCUGAGAGAUGCAGACAACACCAGGACCAGCCCAUCUGCAGUGGUCAAGGAAAUUGCAUAGACGGAAAAUGUUUCUGCUACAAAACCAAGCUAGGCAAGGUGUAUGGCAGGUACUGUGAAAUGGAUGAUUUUUCCUGCCCGUAUCACCAGGGAAACUUAUGUUCUGGUAAUGGUGAAUGUGAAGCUGGUAAAUGCAAAUGCUAUGCUGGCUGGGAAGGUGACCGUUGCCAGUGCUCGUUGCAAUCAGCAAAGCACUGCCUGAAUUCAAAGGGCCAGAUUUGCAGUGGAAGAGGAAAAUGUGUAUGUGGAAAGUGUGAGUGCACAGAUCCAAGAAGCUUUGGCCGUUUGUGUGAAUAUUGCCCUACUUGUAACAAAGCCUGUGAAGAAAACUGGAAUUGUGUUCAGUGCCAUCAUUCUAACAAUGUGUCUCAAGCAAAACUUGACCAGUGCACAACCUCAUGCGCUUACCUGAUGCAUUAUAUUGAUCAAACUUCAGAAUGUUUCUCUGGACGAAGCUACUUUAGAGUCUUUUCCAUAAUCUUUAUAGUUACCUUUCUGAUCGGGUUGCUUGUUGUCCUUAUCAUCAGGCAGAUAAUUCUGCAGGGGAGUAGCAAUAAAGUUAAAUCUUCAGCUGAUUACAGAGUAUCUGCAACAAAGAAGGAUAAGAUGUUUUUGCCUACUGUUUGUACAAGAACAGUAACAUACAGACGUGACAAACCAGAGGAAAUAAAUAUCGACAUCAGCAAGUUACGAUUAAACGAAACUUUCAAGUGUGAAUUCUGAAGACAGUGUGUUUUCUGCAAAUGUCUAUUUCCAUCAUGCUCGACUUUUUAGAAGUUACCUUUUGUACUCUGUCGGAAUCUUGACUGUUGCCCUAUGGUUUUGUGUUGUGUGUUUUGUUGAAUACUGUAACAAAGUGACAUGUAAGCAUAUUCACGUAAUGUGACUAUGUUUGAAACUAUAGCUGCUGUUAUUUCUUUUUUUUUUUUUUUUUUUUUGAAAGAGAAAUGUGCGUUACUACUGUUCAGGAACAUUAGUGUUGAUGUAGCACUUUAGCGUAUUCUAAUUUAUUUAGUUAUGGCCUAGAAUGUAGAUAUGAACCAGUCUGACAAAGCACUGAUCUCACUCUACAUGUAGCUAGUACUGAUGUGCUCUGUGGGAAUGGACAAAAGCUGUGACUGAAAUAUUAACAUUGCUGUAUAUUAUAGCAAUAGAUGAAACUAUUCAAACGCUCUUAAAUAGAGUAAAUGGUACUUUUAUAGUUCUCUCAGUUGACAGAUUCCACUGAUUUGUCUGCUUUAGCCUCUUUGCUUUUCCUCAUUACUUACUAAAAAUGACUGGAUUAAAUGAGUGCUUAGUUACUGGUGUGAGUGUAUAGUUGUGUGUGUAUACACACACACAUGCAGACACACACAGGUAAAUUAUAUAUAUAGUUUUUUAUAUGUAUGAUGUCACUUAAAGAUAAUUUAUAUCUGAUAAAGAGUAAUUUUUAGCUUUUUUACUUGUUUCAACAUAAAAACUUUUAUACAGAUUUUAAGGUAUUUGGAAAAUGAGUGGCUACUGAAAAUGAGAGUUCCUCUGUCCAACAGCAUAGUCUACAUGAUGAUCACUGCCGGCUGACUUCACCUGUGGAGUCAGCAGCAUCAGCUCCACUGCAAGUAGAUAAAUUACACCAGAGCUGUGUUUGGUUUGCUAGCUACAUGUCAGUGUUUUGCCAAAUAAGGGCUUUGUUGUUUUUCUAUGUUGUCAGACAUAAGUCUGAUUUUACACACAUGCUCUUUUUUCUAUGUAAAUUAGUUGACAGGAUUAGCUUUUGUGAAUUCUUUCAUAACUGCUUCAAUUUUUGUGACUCUGUGUUGAGAAAUGUCCCCCAUGUGAUGUGAAAAAGAACCUGCAAUUUGGAAGAAGGUGAGGAAAACAGGAGUCUUUUUCUCAAGAGAACACAUUAAUUGACUUCAUGAAUGUGGGAUCAAAUUCUGCCUUCAGAAAUGGGCAAAACUCUUCUAAACACAGUGGGACCAAUAUAACCUUAUCUGAGAGCAGAAUUUGAGCUACAAGUUCAAGCAAAAGUAUUUUCUUACCCCUGAAACCGGCUAUAGUGGUAGAAGACAUGUUAUUGUUAUAUGCUAGUUGGAAGAGUCAGCUAACAGUCUGAUUUACUUUAUGCUGCCAAAAGCCUACAAAAAUCUGAUCAACCUCUAAUGCACUAAAAUCUUGCUGGCAAAAAGAAAAAUAAUCUCAGAAGACAGUGUAUCAUUUUAGCAACAUUAAUUACUGAUAGUAAAUAUUGGUCUGUACUUGUCAUAGUUAAGAGUUACAGAAACAAAGCAGAAUCUCUUUACAUGCAGUUUUUAGAAAUUAGUAUAUAGUCAUAUUUCCUAUUCUGUAUUUCUUCUGUAAAUUCCCACUGAAAUCUGAGGAGUAUACAUGUGAAAGGAAGGCAGGAUGCAGAGCAAAUGAUUAAGUGUUAUGUGAGUGUUUACAGUUUCUUGGGUCAUGGAUCAAGUGGGAUUGAGAAAAAUAAUAUAGAGACAAUAGGCCUUCCAUUAAAUUGUCAUAGAAGCUUUAGAUCUUAGUGAUUGUUUUUAAAAAAAAAGUAAACUGGACUAUUAAAUGUUUCUAAAGCAGACUUCAAAGUAGUCCCUGAGCUUUCUACCAUCCAGGUAAAAGUGUCUCAUUUAAAGAAAAGGGGAUUUCCUUACACUGACCCUGAUAUUAGUGAUAGCUUAAUUGUAAUAUCUUAAUAAUAGAUUCAUUCUGUAAUCUAUCAAGUACACCUUAAACUUUCAUUUUCUUUGAAAACCUGUAGAACCGUUUUCCUCCUGUGUAAAUUAACAGAUUCCAGACAAUUGGUUUCAGUGGGAUAAAGAGGAAAGAUUGAUAAAAGUUUACCUGCUAUUGCCCUUAUCACAAUUCAUUAGUAUUUUUAAGUGAGUAGGAAACAAAGUCUCAGCUUAUCUGUUUCACUUAACAAAACAAACAAACAAAGUAAAGCUCAGCAGAGAAUAUCUGAGUAUAUAACAAAAGAUGAUUAUGUUCUUUAAACAGUGCGAUAGAUGUUUUUUAACAAAAAAGAGUCCUCAGAAUGUAUUUCCCAUAAUGGCCUUUAAAGCAUUUACUGAAGUGGUAGCUAAUGUUUUUUCUUUAGAAAUUACUUUUCACUGUUAGAGGAACUUAAAUUAUGUGGGUGGGGGACAAUGGAGCUGGGUUCUUUGUGUAAGAAAGAUUUGAGCUGUAACACCCAUAUUCCAGACCCAUCACACUGCUACUACUUUUCUUCUGUAGUACUUAGUUGGCAUUGCAGUGCUGCCUGUGAAGGGGCACGGCCAGUAUUUCCUUAUCAGACACCUGCCUGAAUGUUUAGUAUGCUCUGGUCAAAUAGAGUAGGCUUACAGGACAAAUUGCACUGUAAGCUAUUUGCUGUUCUGAGGUUAAAAAAAAGAAAGUUUUUUAAGAAAAAAAAAAAAACACUAAGAAAAAAAAGCUUUUCUUGCAUCUCCCUCAUGGCUUUGCUGUAUUGUGGAGGAGGCUAGUGAAAAAGAAUAAGCUGCUGCUAAUGUGACAGGUCAAGGCUUUUAGAAGGCCCAUGGGGAGCUUAUACAGAGCAGGAUCCUUGGGAGGAGGCUUUGUUUCUAGGGAUGGAAUCUAUCCAUGAGAAACUCUGGCUUUGCUUGGUACUUGUUUCCCUCUGCCUUUGACCAUGUUUUUCAGAAGAGCUGCUGCAGGAGAUGAAUAGCCCAACAAAAGCCUCACUAUUUAGGGAGCUGUGUUCCCUCAGCACAUGACCUUAAAUGAGAAAGCAGCCUGUAAUUCACAAGGAAUUUCCUCAGCGAUUGCAGAAGGACUCUGCUUCCUAUAGUGCUUAAUAUGGGAGAUAUUAAAGACGAAUUAGUUCAUAUUAGUUUUCAAUGUAUUGUGCAUCAAAGAUGCUCAUAAAAAUAGGGGAAAAAAAUCUAGCCUCAGAAUAGAACGUUCCAAUCUUCUUAAAUAAAGCUUCUUAUACCAGGCUUCUUCAAAAAAUGAAAAAAAAAAGUCAAAUAAUUUGACUGCAUGCCUAUACCCCAAAAUAUACUGGCAGACCAUCAUCGGUUUGGGGAGUUGUUUCUAGAUUCGCUCCCACAAACAGAGCAUGUGCAUGACUUUUCACAGCAGAUUUGUUAAAGUUAAAGUCCAUAUGUAUAAUUUUCAAAUUCUAAUCCCACUUUUUUUACCUUUAACUGAUUAUUUGUCUAACGUUUCAGAAAUGACGUGUUUAUGCAUUUAAAAAGCAUGCAUUUUACUUCGGAUUUUUUUUAAAGACUCUAAAAUGAAGAAAUACUAUGAAUUGGUUAUUUCCAAGCAUCCUGAGUACCUUAAUAACAUUGCUACAGAAGUGUGUGGGAAAAUAGCUGUUUCAUCCAGAAAACGUGCACAUGGUAUGCAAGGAAUUUUCAUUGUGCCCAGCUGAAAUUCCCUUACGUUCACAAGGAAUGUUGAAAGUGAACCUUAAAAAGGAAGGACAUCUGUAUAGGCAUACUUUACAUUUUAUCCAUUAUUUUCAACUGGAUUUAUUUUUUCCUCUCUAUGGUGUCAUGAAAACCUGCUAUGUAAAGUAUUCUUCAGACUGCAAUGGAAAAAAUUAUUUGCCCAGUCUGAUCAUAUAUAAUAUUUGUUUCCUGCUUAGUGUGCAUACCUAAAUGUACAUGUGUUGCAAUCCGUGGGAGCGAACGUGUGAAGCAGCUUCAAGCAACCCUUAGUCCUAAAGUAGCCAUAAGGCCUAGCGAUGCCCAAGGCAGAGAGAUGCUGCCUGUGCAUUGAAGAGGGACGGCAUCCUCAGCAGGCGCAAUGAGUCCUACAGCUCCCCACAGCAUCCCUGCAGAGAUGGUGCUCUGAGACCACGCUUCUCCAUUUGUCAAGGCAGGAAGCCUCUUCAAAGUAGGUUGUUGGCUUGGCAGAGGUGGUACGGUUUGUGUCCUAGGCGCUUGGCCACAUGUUGGAACUGCAUCACAUGCAGUCCGCAACCCUCAGCGCUGCAGGCUUUUUGCAUCUUUACUCGUCAAAAAAAUGCUUGCAUGUAACCUAGCAAGGGACCGCCUGUGCCAGUAUGUACUGUAAACCCGGAUGCUGCAGACCUCCAUUAAAGCUUCCGGGAAGUCGUUGGGCAUCUGCCCAUUGACUUCCCACCAGCCCCAGGAUCUCUCCCGGCCAGCCUUAAGGAAUGUAAGCUGUAGCUGGGAAAGGGCACUUCUCAUAGAGGCAUUCCUGCUGAGCCAGUGCUGGGUGACGCUUACUCUGCUCUGGCUACGAUUGAAGCACAGCGCCAGUGUUCUGGCUGAGAGGGGAAAGAUUUAUUUGCUAAGCAGAAAUGGAGCAGUAGUUAAGAAGAACACUACUUUUUUAAUGAUGACCUUGACACUGCUCUGAUGCACAGACAUUUCAUGGAUCUUAAAGAGAAUUGAAAUUCAUGGAAAGGGAAAAAAGGUUAAAAUUAGCCAGCGUGAAUGCAUUUCUAUAGCGAGCCAAAUCAGUGGGGUUUCACUGAGUGCAAGCCAGCUCAGAAUGGCUGGCCUUUCUGAGGCGGGGUGGCGGGGGGGGGGG